AGCAGCACCGAAACUGUGAGCGAUAAGAGCAACACAUACAAACAACAAAGGCAUUCAGUGGUGGAUGAUUGUGGUUUUCUCUGCCCAAAAAAUUACAAAGAAGAAGAAGAAUUACCUUGUUCCCGCAUCGCAAUGCCUGUCAUCACCAAAAUUCUAUGCUAAUUUCUCUGAUUUUGACGUUCUCUUUGGUUUUUUUCAUGCAAAUGCUCACUGCAUCUUCUGGGGAAGUGCGUCCGUCUCUGAACAUCCAAGAUCUUGAAGGACAAUGCUACUUCUGAGAACAUCGGGCAUAGGAGAGUUUGAUCCGGCGUGAAAGCUUGUACUGUUGAUAUUAUCUACCUAUUGCAAGUAUCAAACAGGUCUUUAAUUCGCUUAGUAAUCGGUUGAUUUUCCCGAAAGCAUGGCAUCUGGAUGGGACCAUUUUGGGGAAAUUGCAAAUGUAGCCCAAUUGACGGGCCUGGAUGCUGUGCGGUUGAUUGGGAUGAUUGUCAAAGCUGCAAGUACAGCACGAAUGCACAAAAAGAACUGCAGGCAAUUUGCUCAGCAUCUGAAGUUGAUUGGGAACUUGCUGGAGCAGCUCAAGAUCUCAGAGCUUAAAAAGUAUCCAGAAACACGAGAGCCUCUGGAGCAGCUUGAAGAAUCCCUUAGAAGGGCUUACAUAUUGGUCAAUAGUUGUCAGGAUCGAAGCUAUCUUUAUUUGCUGGCCAUGGGCUGGAACAUCGUUUAUCAAUUCAGGAGGGCUCAGAGUGAAAUUGAUAGAUACCUGCGGCUUGUUCCUCUCAUUACACUUGUAGACAAUGCUCGAGUCAGGGAGAGACUUGACGUUAUUGAAAGAGAUCAAUGUGAAUACACUUUAGAUGAUGAGGAUGAAAAAGUGCAGACUGUUAUUAUGAAACCUGACCCUGACAAAGAAGAUGCUGCAGUGCUGAAAAAAACUCUUUCUUGUUCUUACCCAAACUUGCCUUUCAAGGAAGCACUGAAAAAAGAAAAUGAAAAGCUUAAACUAGAGCUACAAAGAUCACAAGCAAGUUGGGAUACAAAUCAAUGUGAAUUCAUUCAACGUUUAUUAGAUGUCACAGAAGUUGCAGCUUAUUCUCUUCCAGAAAAAUUUUCACCUGAAAAAAGUCAUAAAGUUGUAGAGAAUACUUACACUGAUGCUAAUGAUGACAAAGGGCACUCAUAUGGUGAAAAAUCUUAUAAGACAAAAGAUACUGUUUCAACUUCAAGAAUGUCAUCUGGAGGUUCAUAUCAGGAGGAAGAGUGGCAUACAGAUUUACUUGCUUGUUGUUCUGAACCUUUUCUUUGUAUGAAGACAUUAUUCUAUCCCUGCGGGACAUUUUCCAAGAUUGCUUCUGUCGCAAAUAACAGACCCAUAUCUUCUGCGGAAGCAUGUAAUGAAUUGAUGGCAUAUUCAUUAAUUUUGUCUUGCUGUUGCUAUACUUGCUGCAUAAGGAGGCGGCUACGGAAGAUGUUCAACAUCACGGGCGGAUAUAUUGAUGAUUUUCUCUCUCAUUUGAUGUGCUGUUGCUGUGCCCUUGUCCAAGAAUGGAGAGAAGUCGAGAUUCGUGGGGCUUAUGGUCCUGGGAAGACGAAGACAAGCCCUCCACCGUUACAAUACAUGGAAUCUUAAUAACGAGCGCGUUGUCUCUUGAUGAGUUUAGGGUAUAUGGUUCCUUGAGGACCAUUUUAACUAUGUAUUUUGUGGCUCUCUUUGUUUUCUCUAUUAUUUUUAGCCAAACUUUCCUCUCUAUUUACCUGAUGGUUGAUCAUUAACUCUAGCCUUUUUCCUUUACCAAAUGUAGACAUGUAGUAUUUCUGUAUAGUUAAUUUUUUGGCAAUCUUUGUCACUAUCUUGAUAUCUUCUAGUGUGAAUUAUCAUUUUA